AUGUUUUAAACCCAUAGUUGGACAAGGAAUAACAAAUGAAUCAAAUAGGUCCCCAUUUUUUUAAAUUUUGUUCCGUACCUUAGCGCAACCGUACUUUUACACUUUCAAGUUUAUAAAUUCCUACCCACCUAUCACCUUUUGUUUCCUCACAACUCAACAAAUAUCCAACAUCUCCUUCCCCAUUUUUCUCGUAAACAAGCUUUCCAUUAUUUCUGUUCAAUAUACUUAUAAAAUUGAAUACUUAGUAAUUAUGGAGCAUUAUGCACCCUACCGUAUUGCGGACUCAUCAUCUCUAGGAUUUCCUCUGGGCACUGCCUUUCUUUUGGUUGCUGUUUUCACUCUGAGUGGCAUAAUUUCUUGCUGCUAUCACUGGCACAGAAUCCGAUUGCUUCGUCGACGCGCAGACCUUGAAGCCGGUGAUGAUCCUUCUUCCUUCAAAUAUAAACUCAAUUAUAAUAUGAGUGAGAAGCAGAACCAAAGCCAAAGCAUGCCUGCAGUGUUAAUGCCAGGUGAUGAAGUUCCAAAAUUCAUAGCAUUGCCAUGUCCAUGUCAGCCUCCCCGACCGGAAAAGGUGGCUGAAGAGGUGCAGCUGCCGCCUUCCCCUUCGCCUCCGCCUCCGCCUCCGCCUCCGCCUCCGCCUCCUAAGCCAAUUCGUAUGGUAGUCGGAUUACUUUUGUAGCUGUGAUUUUAGAACAUUGGUGUGGUGUGUAUAGAUUGAAUUGUGGUUCAACCAAAUUACCAAGUUUUUUAUUUGUAAUUAAGGCCAUGUGUUUAAUGCCUGAGGCUGCUAAAGUGAUUUGUUCAGUGCAAGCUUAACUAAAA